GCUCCCCUCGCCGCAGCUAUAAAAGGAGCCGCCAUGUCCAGUCCUCCGAGACUUGAACCAGCAGACCGAGCUCGUCUUUUGAGAAGAACAAACGCGUCCUCUCUGGUCUUCUUCCCACUUCCACUACAAUCCACACGUACGUACGAGAAGGACCACUAGUGAGCCGCCGGUGCGACGACGACGAAAGGGCUACCACCCAUGGCGCCGUCCGAGGACUGCGGCUGGCUGCUGUACCUCUCCCUGGCCGCCAAAUGCGGCGACCCCCACCGCCUGCUCGGCUUCGCCGCGGUCUUCGCCGCCGCCUUCGUCGUCACGGCCCUCCUGCACUGGGCGGCCCCCGGCGGCCCCGCGUGGGGCUGGUACUGGUGGACCAGGAGGGCCGGCCUGGGCAUUGGCGCCGCCAUCCCGGGGCCCCGGGGGCUGCCGGUGCUCGGCAGCAUGGGGCUCAUGACGGGCCUGGCGCACCGGAAGCUGGCGGCGGCGGCGGCCGCUGGCGGCAAGGCCAGGCGCCGCCUCAUGGCGUUCUCGCUCGGCGAGACCCGCGUCGUGGUCACCGCCGACCCGGACGUCGCGCGGGAGCUCCUCGCCAGCGCCGCCUUCGCCGACCGCCCCGUCAAGGAGUCCGCGUACGGGCUCCUCUUCGACCGCGCCAUCGGCUUCGCCCCGCACGGCGCCUACUGGCGCGCGCUCCGCCGCGUCGCGUCCGCGCACCUCUUCUCGCCGCGCCAGAUCGCCGGCUCCGCCGCGCAGCGCGCGGUGAUCGCGCGCCAGAUGGUGGACGCCAUGAUGAAGGAGUGCUCCGGCACCACCGCUCCAGGCGGCGUCGUGACGGCGCGGCGGUUCCUGAAGCGCGCGUCGCUGCACAACGUGAUGUGGUCGGUGUUCGGCCGGAGGUACGAGCUGCAGACGCGCAGCGAGGAGGCGGCGGAGCUCAAGUGCCUGGUGGACGAAGGCUACGACCUCCUCGGCCAGCUCAACUGGUCCGACCACCUCCCCUGGCUCGCCUGCUUCGACCUGCAGAGGACCCGGGCCAGGUGCUCCGCCCUCGUCCCGCGGGUCAACCGCUUCGUGGGCCGCAUCAUCGACGAGCACCGCGCCGCCCGUCUCGGCCACGGCGCCGCCUCCGCCGUCAUGGACUUCACCGACGUCCUGCUCUCCCUGCAGGGCAGCGACAAGCUCUCCGACGCCGACAUGAUCGCCGUUCUCUGGGAGAUGAUCUUUCGAGGCACGGACACGGUGGCAGUUCUGAUCGAGUGGGUGCUGGCCCGGCUCGUGCUGCACCAGGACGUGCAGCGCAGGGCCCACGAGGAGCUGGACCGGGUGGUCGGGCCGGGCCAGACCGUGACCGAGUCGGACACCGCCUCGCUCGUCUACCUCCAGGCGGUCAUCAAGGAAGUGCUGCGCCUGCACCCGCCGGGCCCGCUGCUCUCCUGGGCACGCCUCGCCACGUCGGACGUACACGUAGGCGGGUUCCUCGUACCCGCGGGGACCACCGCCAUGGUGAACAUGUGGGCCAUAACCCACGACCCGGCCGUCUGGCCCGACCCGAACGAGUUCAAACCCGAGAGGUUCGUGGGCUCGUCGGGUCACGCCGACGAGUUCCCGGUAAUGGGCUCGGAUCUCAGGCUCGCCCCUUUCGGGUCCGGCAGGCGGGUCUGCCCCGGCAAGUCGCUCGCGAUGGCUACCGUCGGGUUCUGGGUCGCCACCCUCCUGCACGAGUUCAAAUGGCUGCCAGUGUCCGACGACCCGCCACGUGGCGUCGACCUAUCCGAGGUGCUGAGGCUGUCGUGCGAGAUGGCCGCCCCGCUGGAGGCGAGGCUGGUGCCACGUCACGCGGCCUGAUGACGUGGCUCCGAUCCACGUGGCAUGGGGAGCUAGCUGAGGAGAGUGAAGGGCUUCUACUACCUUCUAGCAGAGUAACAUAAUUAACGCGUGCACGGUGAGCUGUGUAAAAAAAUGUCAAGUGUCCCUAGUGCUGCUAGUGUACCAGACCAGCAUCAACAAGCCGGUUUGCUUAUGUGCGUACCAGCCUGUAAUAUCUGAAAGUAAGUCAAUGUAGGUAGAGUGUAGUGUACCAGAUCAGAGGCCUUGAGUGAGACAGCUUUCUUUGGCCUAGAGCUAGCUUUGUUAGAUGUAUCCAUGUAGGUUAGUUGUUAUCUCUAUCCUAAUGAUAUGAAAUCUUGUGUA